CGUUAUUUUCUUUCGCAGAUCUCUAUAGACUUAUAUAAAUAUUACACCUUUAGUUGCCUCAGUGUUUAAUUUGAAGGUGAACUGUGCAGACGAACAUUUAAUGAUAUCUCACUGUAUAGCAAUCAUCCUCUUUCAACACUUAACUGUCAGUCUCUGCCGCAGUGUGAAAACCGUCAUAGUAAAACCAAGUAGAUGCUAUCUUCUGAGAGAUGUAACUUUCAUGUCUCUCUCUUGCCUGUGUAGAAAGUGGCACGUGAGAAUUUCGUGUGCUGAGGAGAUGCUAGAAGCACCAUCGCGAAUUUUACCAGGUUUCUGCAAGAUGGUGGUGUUCGUGUAACUGACAACUAAAACCUGCGUCAUGAAAGUUUACUACAUUUUCCUGUCUUUAGGUGUCAUCUACCACGUGACACUAACAUCCUGUCUUCCUGAUGUUGUUAAGAUCGGUGCCAUGUUCGAAACCGGAGACGAUACGCUGCUGACAGCCUUCAAUACUGCGGUAGACAGCAUGAACUCCGAAUCUUUCCGACUCUCCAACUUCCGACUCUCAUCCAUUAUCGAACAGCUUGAACAUCAGGAUAGUUUCCAGGCUUCCAAAAAAGUGUGUGAUCUUCUUGAGAAAGGAGUAGCAGCCAUUUUUGGUCCACAAUCAGAAGAGUCCAGUUCUACGGUCCAGUCGUUUUGUGACGCUAUGCACGUGCCACACGUCGAAAUCCGGUGGGAUUUUCGUACUUACGGUGACAAUCAUUCCGUCAACUUGUUUCCCUAUACAACGUCGCUAAGCAAGGCCUAUUACGAUUAUGUAAAGCAUAAGAACUGGAAAUCAUUCGCGAUCGUGUACGAAGAGAAUGAAGCGUUAGUCCGUCUCCAGGAACUGCUGAAAGAUCCUUCUAUCCGUAAACGCAGAGUGAUAGUCAAGCAAUUUGUACAAGGACGUGAGUACCGAAAGAUUAUCAAGGAAUUGGGAAGAGCUGGGGUGAAAAACUUCAUCAUUGACGUCCCUUCUGAAAAGAUUCGAACUGUUUUAAAACAAGCCCAGCAAGUCGACAUGAUGUCAGAAUAUCACAAUUAUUUCCUUACGUCUCUGGACCUUCACACCAUCGACUUGAAAGACUUCCAAUAUGGUGGCACUAACAUCUCGGCGUUCAGUUUAGUGGACGAGAACGGACAACAGUACAUCAACUUCCUUCGUAACUGGAAGACAGGAUAUCCUGGGUUGGACAAAGAGAACUCAAAGCCAGCGUUAAAAACUGAUGUGGCGCUGAUGUAUGACGCUGUGAAGCUUUUUUCUGCUGCUCUGCGUGACCUUGACAAAACUAACCGAAAGAUCGUCGUUCCCGCAAUUUCCUGUCAAACAGAACAACCUUGGACUUACGGAAGAGAUAUUAUUAAUAAAAUGCGACAGAUCAGCGUCAAUGGCUUAACAGGAAACGUGAAAUUUGAUAAGUACGGUUUCCGUUCGGAUUUUAAUUUGAAGAUUCUACAGCUGACCCAGCAAGGACUGAAAGAGAUUGGGAAGUGGAGGCCACGAUCAGGAAUUAACAUGACAGGGAACUUUUCCAAGGCUUAUGAAGAAGCCAUACAGUCGCUGAAGAAUAAGACACUUAUCGUGACAACCCUUCUUAGCGCCCCCUACAUUAUACUUAAAGAAGAUCGUAAUAAAGCUCUGACAGGGAAUGAUCGAUAUGAUGGUUACUGUAUGGACUUGAUUCGAGAGAUUUCAAAGAUUCGAGGAUUCAAAUACGAGAUCAAAGAAGUAGGAGAUAAAACUUAUGGGAAAAAGAACAAGCAUGGAGAAUGGAAUGGGAUGAUUCGAGAGCUCAUAGAUGGGGAAUCCAACAUUCCAACGUACAAAAGAAUGUGGAACUUCAUGGAAUCAACAAGACCCAGAGUAUUCGUUGAGUCUAUUGAGAAAGGAGUUGAACGGGUUCGAAACGAAAACUAUGCUUUUCUAAUGGAGUCAACUACCAUAGAAUAUAUGGUGGAGAGGAAGUGCGAUUUGAUGCAAGUUGGUGGGCUCCUCGACACUAAAGGCUUUGGAAUCGCCACUCCAUCUGGUUCUCCCUAUAGAACAGCUCUUUCCAGCGCCAUACUGAAACUACAAGAAAGUGGCGCCCUCCACAUAUUAAAACAGCGAUGGUGGAAGCAGGAAGGGCCACAGUGUGAACAAGAGGUUAAAACUGGCUCGGGAAGAGCCAGUGAACUUGGUUUAGACAAUGUAGGUGGUGUUUUUGUAGUUCUGAUGGCUGGCCUAGGAUUUGCCUGCGUCAUAGUUCUCGGUGAAUUUACUUGGAAAUCAAGAAAGGUUGCUGUAGAAGAAAGGGAACCACUCUGUGUGGAGUUGUGUAAAGAACUCAAGUUUGCCAUUACCUGUGGAGGAUCUACUAAACCGAUCGAAAAACCUCGCGAGGACCAGCAACCAACAAACGGUCUCCACUUCAUGUCUCUCACGAGCUUUGAAAACGCGGGCGCUAAAGAAAUUGUUUCUUGACAUAAUUGCACUGACGCCAAAUACUUCCGCUAAGUGGAGAACAUUGUAAGCGCCAGCGGGUGGAGACUUUCGUCAACAAAGAGUCACUUAUACUCUACAUACACACAUACGUGUACCUAUUCUCUUUUUAAAAUAUUACAGUUGUGUUAGAACCUAUAUUAUUGUCAAAGUCCUUAAGCUAGUUGUACAUAUUGCAAAGUAACAGAGAAAUGCUGAUGCUAUUUUGCAAUAAGCUGUUGGUAUACAAGCUUGUUAGUAGCAGUAAUAUGAUAAUUUAGCCCUAUCUUACGUAGUAGUAGUUUAGACUUAACUAUGUUAAAUGUGUUUAUUCCAAAAGCUUAUUUUUCUUGCAUGUGUGCACCAUAACUACACGCGAUAACGCUAUGGAGUAACGAUAAAUGUUUUAAUUUUAUAGUUUUGUCGCUAUUAUCCAUGAGCUUAUGUAACAAAAAAAAUUAAUAAAUAGCAUUUAGCUGUGUUAAAGAUGGAAUGCUCAGAAACACAGGUAAAUUACUUCUGAUAAAAGAUUAUUAUUAAAGUUACAAAAUGCUCAACAAUGUCCAUGCUUAAUAAAAUGCUCAAUCAGAACCCUGUUCAUAUCUAUUAUCGGGUGACUAGAAAAUAACUUUCUACAAGAUUUAUUCUGUCGAUACGCUUGUGACCGCCAGGAAAUAUUAGUAACUUCUCUUUCGUAAAAAUAUAGAUGACUGAUUAAACGUGCAUACUUAAUUCAGUUUAUUUGUUUGUUGAAUUUUGAGAAAAGCUACACGAGAGCCAUCUGCGCUAGCCGUCCUUAAUUUAGUAGUGAUAGACUAGAGGGAAGGCAGCUAGUCAAUACCACCCACCCCCAACUCUUGGCCUACCGAAUAUUGAGGCUUGGCCGCCACUCUUAUAAUGUGGAGCGCGAUUUUUUUUAUCUCUACUUUUUGAAGUAACGAAGGAAAUCCAAAAUCUGGCACCUUAACCAGUGGGCCGCACUCGUCCCCUUAUAAUUCAAAGCCUCACUUUUGAUUUGGUUUCGUCAUUAUAGCAGCUUUAGUUCGAGGUGUGAUAGUUUAUUCUUAAAGUGAUCCUUAACCUAUAUUUAUCAAAAACCAAAAAAAAAAUGUUUUUGGUUUGCAUUUAACCUUUCUGUUUUGUUUUGUUUAUUGUUGUUUUUUGUUUGUUUAUUGUUGUUUUUGUAAUGCUAAAAACACUCACAGUAACCGUAGACAAAGUUUAAUAGAUAGUGGAUGAUGGAUAUCAAAACUAGUAGAAACUUCGCACAGUAACCGUAGACAAAGUUUAAUAGAUAGUGGAUGAUGGAUAUCAAAACUAGUAGAAACUUCGCACAGUAACCGUAGACAAAGUUUAAUAGAUAGUGGAUGAUGGAUAUCAAAACUAGUAGAAACUUCGUUGAAUUUUCUGUGGAUUGGACACACUCACUUGUUUGGCUCCCAGGAAUAUAAUGGCUUCCUACAGAGUCACACGAGUUGUCCUCUUUGUUAUUCUUCAGAGUCACACGAGUUGUCCUCUUUUGUUGUUCUACAGAGUCACACGAGUUGUCCUCUUUGUUAUUCUUCAGAGUCACACGAGUUGUCCUCUUUUGUUGUUCUUCAGAGUCACACGAGUUGUCCUCUUCACUGCCACAAAAUAUGCAUAAAGAACUUAACACAGAAGUGAGAACUGGACUUGUCUUACGACACGUACAAAUAGUGAGACUGGUCUAGACUUUACGUGCAUAUUUUUAAUAAUGAAUCACAUCUAGUGUUUGUUGGUAAGGUUCAGUGUUAUUGUUGACUAACAUCUUUUUAUUUUAUUUUUCUUGCUCUGGUUUUAUCCUGUCGGUUUCCAUAGAUCGGUUUGUAUCGUUGGUAUUGAACAAGAAUACUCGUAAUUUGAGUCUCAGCUUCCGGGCUACGAAACUAAUAAACUCUUUGAAUAAGAUGUAAUCCAAAGUUGUUGACAAUCUUUAACGAGAAUGUAUUUUGUUAUUAGUAACUCCUGAUCAAAGCAAGCUAACUACAUUGGUAAGAACUAACAACAAUUCUACCGUUGUGGCAGUUUAAAAACUUUCGUGUAUAUUUUUUGUUUCUUUAUCAUUGAGUAACAGACACACACUUCCGGAAGUAUUACUAUAAAACCUUUGAGGUAAUCAGGUCAUAAUUCCUUGAAAUAAACCUGUUAAUCCCUUAGAAUAAUCCUCUUAUUAUCCGAACACAAAGACUAUUAAAUUAGGUUUAGUAAGCUACGCGGAACACGACGACAUAGUCCGUCACAUGAAUUCCAAAAAAGGGGGCGUAAUUUUGAAAUUCGUUGGAUCACCAUUUAGCUCUUUUUUCUUUUUCUACCAAAAUGUUGAAAAACGCGUCUACUUUGCAUUUUAGCCUGUUUCCAGGUUUGCAGUUUUAGUAAAAAGACUGAAAUGUUAUCAUCUUUGCAACCACUCAAUCCUUGAAUCUCGUCAAAUUUAAAAAGUACUAUUUCGGUACUUGUGCAUUGUGUACCCAACUUUCAUGCCCCACUACAAUUUGUUUCUAAAUAAAAACUUGCGUAACUUCACCUUACCUUUUCUAAACGUCAAUCAUUGCAUAAGUAAUUUAACAUUAACGGUAGGGGUUCUGUCAGAAAUAAA